CCUCCUCUUUUCAUUUCCAUUUGAAUCGAGAAGCCUCGACCUUUUUACACUGCCACAACCAAUGUCCGCCGUCUCUCGCCUCCUCCACCGUUCUUUUUCCACCACGGCCCAUUCUCCCUCCAUCAAGUCCCUCUCUGAGGACCUCUACAAGGAGCGAAACCUGAAGAAACUCGUCGAUAAAUUCAAGCUCUAUUCAUCUUCCGACCGUUUCCGCACCAAGAAUGGUAUUUAUGAGUCUACGGUCCGCCGCCUGGCUUCCGCCAAACGCUUCAAAUGGAUCGAAGAAAUUCUCGAACAUCAGAAGCAAUUCAGACAUGAUAUUUCCAAGGAGAACUUCUCUAUCCGGCUUGUCAAAUUGUAUGGACAAUCGGGCAUGUUUGAGAAUGCGAAAAAAGUGUUCGAUGAAAUGCCUGAGAGGAAUUGUGAAAGGAGUGUGAAGAGUGUGAAUGCCCUUUUAUCAGCUUGUGUGAAUUCGGGGAAACUUGAGGAGAUUGAGGGGAUUUUUAGGGAAAUUGAGAUGAAGUGGCAAGUGAGGCCUGAUGUCUUUUCAUACAAUAUUGUGAUCAAAGGGCUGUGUGAGAUGGGGGAGUGGGAUAAAGGGUUGGGAGUGGUUGAUGAGAUGGAAAGAAGUGGGGUGAAGCCCGAUUUGGUUACUUUUAAUACAGUUCUCGAUAAGUUAUAUUCGAAUAAGAGGUAUGAUGAUGGUGAAAAGAUGUGGAGACGAAUGGUGGACAGUGGAUUUUUCCCCAAUGUUAGGAGCUAUAAUGCGAGGCUUGUGGGAUUGGUUAAUGAGAAGAAGUUUAAUGAAGCUAUUAAGUUGAUUAGUGAAAUGGGGAAAAGUGGGAUACAGCCUGAUUUUUUUAGCUACGCAAUUCUCAUUAGAGGGUAUUGCGAUGAGGGAGAUUUGAAGGGGGUGAAGAAAUGGUAUGGCGACUUGGUCAGAAGCGAUCAUGUCCCAGAUAGGGCAUUGUUCAGGGUGGUUCUUUCUUCUGCAUUAGAUAAGGGUGAUUAUGAUUGGGUUUUUGAGCUUUGCAAAGAGGUUUUCGAGAGGAAGCGUCUGGUUGAUGCAAGAUUGUUGCAGAAUGUGGUGGAUGGGUUGAUGAAGGAUUCAAGGAUUGAAGAGGCUAAGACGGUUGUUCAGAUGGGGAGGUCAAAUGAUUACUGCCAUUAUAAGCUUGAGCUGCCAUCACAAGUUUGCCAGUGAACCAUUUUUGAGCAUGUAAUGGCAAGAAGAUAGGCGUCAGUUUGAUCUAGUAGCGUGCUUUGCUAGAAAUCCAGUUACAGUUCAAACUGCCACUCAAGAAUAAUUCCAUCAUAUAAGAAGGGUUGCUUUUUCUAUGCAUCAUCAAACACAAUAGAUUUCGUAUACUCCACAAGAAGUGGGAGCCGUUGAUUCUCAUCAUAACUGUACAUAGGAGGAACCAUUCUUGCAAGAUUAAGAGAAGCCCUGGGCGAAAGAUGGUGCCGAAAGUUUUAGAUUGAAAUACUCAUUAUUAAGACAGUUUCAUUCACUUGAUAUCAAAUCAAGAACAUGAUUUUGUGCAAUAUCGACAGAUAUGCCUCUGUGCUGUUUCAUGUAGCAUUCUCUUUAUGAUCAAUCAUUGCCAUAUUGAUGCUCAUCCUGCCAAAUGAUCCUAAAUUAUGAUCACGUUGACAUAUAUAUUCAUCAUAAGUUGUGAAAUCAUUACCUUUUGGCACUUCCUAAGUCGUCCCAUAAGCAAAGAAUUGUCCCCACUGAGGAUAUGAGUCUGGAUGUAUCAUUCAAAUGGAUGGCAUUUUGUGUUGUUUGGCCAAUACCCAAGAGAGAGGAGUGAACUAGCGCUAGACGUACUCUGGAACUUAACUUCCCAUUUUCCAGGUACUUGUCCGCUGUUGGCAAGUCACCAGAUGCAAACCAUUCUGCUUCUACCAGGAACGCGUUGCACAAAGUCGCCCACUGAAACUUAAAAGAAUCCUAUUAAAUUGUCGUGUUCGUACGGUUAAGAAAAUAUAC